AUUAGGAAUGUAUCCAAGGCGAAUACGCUAACGUCAACGUUAUUGUGCUUUAAGCGAGCGACGAGUGAACGAAAUGUAUCAUGACCGUCCGUCGAAUUACGAAUCGAUAAAACCUUAUCAGAUUUUUUCUCGCUCACUGCGAGCUUGUUUUUCCAACUCGUUCUAAUCUCUUAUCUAGCUAUCGAGCCGCCCAUCUGAUUCGCGGACGGAGUGAAGUGUAUAUAUUGUCGUAUAGACUGUCGAUCACAAAAAAAUGUAAACAGUGGUCCGUUGGCACUGUUGUGAAGUGAUUUGGUUUGCGGACGGUUCGUUCGAAUUAAGUUGUCAUCAUGGAGACUACUGGUACUCCCCCGGAUGGCGGAUGGGGAUGGAUGGUGGUGCUGGGGGCAGCCCUGAUAAACAUGGUCAAUCAAGCCCUCUUCGCCAAUUUCGGUCUGAUUUUCGGUGAAGAGUUGGAAGCUAUGGCUGAUGGGAAAGCCACGGGAAUCAUGUUAGUCAUGUCGGGUAGUGUGCUAGUUACUAAUUUUUCCGGCCUCUUGGUCGGUCCUCUCAUGAGAAAAUUCAGUGUAAGGACUAUCACCAUAUUUGGAAUACUGUGCGUUGGAACCGGCAUGAUCUGCUGUAGUUUUUCAACGGAGAUCUGGCAGAUUAUACUCGGAUACAGUUGUGUUACAGGUUUGGGCCUGGGCCUUCUAGCAUCUGUAACUUUUCUGGCUAUAAACAGCUACUUUACCACGAAGAAGAGCACUGCUGUGGGUCUGGCAAUGGCUGGAACAAGCGUGGGACAAAUGGUCUUCCCCACCUUCAUCGGUAUACUCUUAAAGAAAUAUUAUUUCAGUGGAGCAACUAUGAUCCUUGGAGCUAUCAGCUACACUGGUAUCUUGGGAGCCCUGUUGUUCAAGCCGAUGUGUGCUUGCUGCAAACGAAUGAAAAAGAGUGGGACCGUUGUGGUAGAAAAUGGAACCAAAAGUGAUUAUGAUGUCAACUUUAAUGAUGAUAUCAAAGAAAAUGGCAAAGAUAGUGAGAAACGGUUAAUGGAGGAUCAUAAUCUGUUGGAACAAAAGCCACUAACUAAAAAAGGAUCAGCAGCGAUUAUAUCCAAUGGAUUGCAGGCUAAUUACAGAGAUUCAGCGAUUGCGAUGGCAAACAGUACAGAAUUCGCAAAUGCCAAAGAAGAACCAGGAACGACAUGCUGCGGAAAAUUCGUCAAAUCUCUAGGUCUGAACCUGUUGAAAGAUUUGUCCUUCGUUCACAUCGUAAUAGGCCUGUCCUUUGGUUACCUCAGCACCGUCACCUUCAGCACCUUCUUCCCGUUAUUUCUUCAGGACGAGAUCAAGUUUAGCAUAAUGGAAGCGUCCACCUGUAUGACGGCGUUGUCUUUCUCGGAUGUACUUGGCAGGAUAACGGUGUCGGAGCUCUGCAGGAAGCUCCAUCUGAGCAACAAGUCCUCCUUCAUGUUAGGAUGCAUCCUUCUAGCUGUAACUCGAUCGUGCAUGGUGGAAAUGACAGAAUUUAACUACAUCUUCACGUCUGCUUUCUUCAUUGGCUAUUUCAGAGCGGUGACUGUUAUAAACCAGAACUUGGUGAUUUCCGAGUACAUAGAAAAAGACAAAUUGCCGUCCGCAGUUGGUUUGAAUAUGGUGUCAAAAGGUCUGCUCGUCGUCACGGUGGGACAGGCUUUGGGCUUGCUGAAGGAUCUGUUCAGCUUCCGCAUUUGUAUACACAUCCUGAACGUCAUUCUGCUUAUAGUAGUGACUUCUUGGACGUUAGAGACUGUAAUAAAAAGAAUUAGGAUGAGAAAUAGGAAUUAAGUAUUUAUUGUACAUACUACACUCGCCUUUGUGUUUUCUUAUUGUGAUAAAUGAUAAUAAUGAAUAGUAGGUUAAGUAUUUAACCGUUAUUAGAGAUUAUCGGACUUAAGUGUUUGUUUUAUCGGUGCUUCUAGGCCAUCUUGUGUGCUAAUGUAAUUUUUUCUUGUAAGUAAAUAUUAGUAUUGAUACCUAUAUCGCCAAAGAAUUUUAUUGUAACAUAAGACAUACUUCAGUAGCGACUUUUACUUAAUUGAUUUGAAUUAUAAUUUUUCUUUUACUGAACACUACAUUUGUAUGGAGUUUUAGAGAGAUUUUUAACUAUAAAAUAGUCUAUAAAUAUGCGUAUAAGUAAGGAACAGAUUUAUUUUGAAUAAAACGUUUUUGU